AUGGCAAGCGGCGGCCAGAAACUGGUAAUCCAAUUAACUGGAUUUAAAAAACGAGAGAAAGAGGCGCUGCUCAAACGGCUGCUCAGACUGGACUGUGUUAUUUUAGAUAGUAAGAAAUACAGAAAUUGUACGCACCUUAUAGCAAAAAAGCCGUGCAAGAGUGAAAAGUUCUUAGCUGCAUGUGCUGCAGGAAAGUGGAUACUAACUAAGGAGUACAUAAUUAAUAGUGCCGAAAGUGGCAGAUGGCUCGAUGAAACAACGUACGAAUGGGGAUAUGAAAUUGAAAAAGACACCCAUUAUUCACCUCAAAUGCAAUCUGCACCUAAAAGAUGGCGUGAAGAACUGACACGCUCUAGUGCUCCAGGGGCCUUCCACAGAUGGAAAGUUGUCCUCUCUGUUAAGGAAGAUGACAAACGAAUGGCUUCUUUUAGAAGAGUUCUCCAAGCUGGAAAGGCAACCAUAAGUUCACCUCAAAGUGCAGAGCGUGAUGUAACCCAUAUAUUCAUCAAUAAUCGUAUUUUUCCUGUGCAAAACAAAAAAGGUCUCUCUGAAGCUCGAUACUAUCCAUUACAGUAUCUAGGAGAUUACCUUCUUGAGAAUGAAAUACAUCAUACUGAAGAUAUCCAAAUGAACCAUUUCCUGGCUGUACAAAAAAUAAUGUGUAAUAUGCAGCUUGCUGAAAUGAAAAAUGCUGUUAUAAAACACAUGUAUUUUACUAUGGCUCUUAACCACAGGCUUGCACAGAAAAACCAGCUGAAUGAAUGUGGUCCAGAGGUUAAAAGUACUAACCUGUCCAGAGGCACAUGGUGUGUGUUUGAAGGAUUAGUGGAAGAGGAUCUGUUUCCUGAUAUAAUCACAGAACUUGCUGCUGGUCAAAAGUACUCUAUACCUCCUGUGAAACUUCUUCAUUCUCUUCUAGAAUAUGUCCUGUUGGGAAAUGCUGAUGCAAUAUUUUAUGCGAAACUUCAUCAGGUUUUUUACCUUGUUCUCCAAUGUGAUCCUCCUUGGAAGUCCCCAGCUAUGUUAAAUUAUUAUUUGGAUCUUCUUCAGUGUCCUAUCUGUAAGAAGGGCACGUGGUCCUUGAUAGAGAUGCUUGUAAGGUCUUGUCUUUGUUACCAAAGUAUUUGUCAUGCAGUCCCAGUUUCAGAGAGAAGAGAUGAACAGAGGAUAGUUCACAAAAAAUUAUUGAAGUUUUUCUUUGAUUUAGUAAAAGCUGAAGUCGAGUUUCUAACAAAAAGUUUGGUUGAAGGGACCAAUUCGCAGCAUCAGCAAGCCAUGCCACAGACAGUUCUUCUGAAGACCCUUUGGCUGGAAAACGAAACCUCAGUGCUUUUUACCAAACACAUAAAUAUUCUAGCAGAUUGGGUUAUACUUUCCCAUAGAGAAUUGAACAGAAAAAAUGAUACUUUCAGGUCUGAAAUAGCUGAUUUGUUAAAUGCAAUUCUUGGAACUGUAGUGGAAUAUUGGAUCAUCUCAAGUUUGCUUAUGGACAGAAACAUGUUUCAUCAAAUAGCUGAUGACUUGGCAUGGCACCUUGCCAUUUCAUGCGAUGAUUUUUCAGUAUGUGAAUUAAAAAUGUUCAUUUGUUCCAUACCAUCCGCCUGGCUUCAAAUGUUUGUUGCGGAGGCAGUUUUUAAAAAAAUGUGUUCACAGAGGAGUAUAAAUCUUUCUACAGAACCUCUUUCUCUUCAGAAAAUAAUCUGUUCCUAUUUGCCUGCUUUGCGAGAGGUGGGGAUGCUGGAGACAAUAGACAAAGCAAGGAAAAGGAAAAAGGGGCAGUGGCCGUGCCCUGAGUCUCAAAGGGCAUUACAGAUGCUAAGUGGCGAUAAGCAGAACCAAGUCAAAGUGCUGCCUGAUCUACCUGACUUAAACUUUACUAAGUGCCCUCCAUUGACAGAAAGACUUAAAGCAAAAACAGAAGUUGAAGUUGCGUACAGCAAAGUUAAUUGCUACUUUUUGCCUGGAAAGUUAAACUUUUAUAAGAGAAAUUUGAAAGGAGAGACAGCCCUGCAUAAAGCUUGCAUAAGUAACAAAGUGGAGAGAUUGAUUCAGCUUCUCUCUUUCCCUGGAAUAGACAUUAAUGUUAAAGACUAUGCUGGCUGGACGCCGUUGCAUGAAGCCUGUAGCCAUGGCAGCACAGUGUGUGUCCGUGAAAUUUUGCAGCGUUGUCCAGAGGUAGACCUGCUCAGUGAAAUGGAUGGGGUGACUCCUUUGCAUGAUGCACUGUCAAAUGGACAUGUAGAAAUUGGCAAGAUGCUACUUCAGCGUGGGGGACCAGUCCUUCUACAGCAGAGGGACUCAUAUGGAAAACUGCCGCUGGAUUAUGUUCAGUCUGUAUCAGUAAAGCAAGAACUUUUGAACAUUGUUCUUCCAGAAGAGAACGUUGAAAACUUCUGUGAACGUGCAGAGCAAGAAUUUCAUAGUCAGCAGAGAGAACUGGGGUUGAUUUUAUUUAUUAAGAUGUUGCUGAAUUUUUGUUCAGUUUAUAAUCUGUCUUCACCCUUUGCUUUAACACUCCGAGAGGUAACUUGUUCAAAUGUAGGUCCAGUACUGGCUCAUGAUAACUGUAAGAUGAAAAAUACAUUUUCUGCAGAUUGGUUAGUAGAUACAUAUUUUAGAGAGCUAGAAACUUUUGAAAAUCUACCACAUUUUCUUCAAGAGCUAUCUGCAAUUAUGUUUUUUUUCCCUGGAGAACAGAUGAAGGCUUUAUUAGCAACUCUGGAAACUAUGGUAAAGACAUAUCAGCUCUUUAAGUAA